CGAAUUCUGUUAAUGCAUCAUGAUAGGUGCCUACUAGAUGUCCAGCAGUGACCGAUGGAGGAAGUUUUGCUGUUCCUCAACUUCUUGGAUUCUCCGCCUCAGUCGGCCUUCUCUCUUGAAUUGGGACAACUCUCCUUGUGGACACGCCCUGAGAUCUGGAGGCGACGGUCGCCGAAAGUGCCAUGAGGACCGCUGUUUCCAGAGCGACUCGCGCAGCCAGGCAUUCUUUGCCGAGCCGCCGGCAUGCGUCCCUGAGCCCGCUGGGCUUUGUCGGAUUGGGGAACAUGGGUGGGCCAAUGGCUCGGAACCUCCUGAAGGCAGGCCACGAGGUGGUGGCCUUCGACGUCUCGGCGGCGAACGCGGAGCGCUUCGUGGCGGCCGGGGGCAAAGUGCUGGAGUCCCCCCUGGCGGUGGCGGCUGCGGCCAAGACCGUUGUGACGAUGCUCCCCGCCGGAGCUCACGUCCUUGAGGUCUAUGGCGGCAGCAAGGGUCUUCUCGCCGAUGGUGGGGCGGAGCAGGGCUCACUCCUCAUCGACUGCUCCACUUGCGAGCCGGCGGUGGGCAAACAGGUGGCCGCCUUGGCGAGCAGACGAGGCGCCGCGGCGGUGGACGCCCCGGUGUCCGGCGGCACCCCGGCGGCCGAGCAGGCGACGCUGACCUUCAUGGUGGGGGGGCCGGAGCCGGCGUUUCAAGCGGCCAGCCUCGUACUCCAACUGAUGGGGAAGAAGGUGGUGUACUGCGGCGAUGCCGGCAUGGGCCAGGCGGCCAAGCUCUGCAACAACCUGGUGCUGGGCAUUACCAUGGCAGCCGUCUGCGAGGGCCACGCCCUGGCCGGGCGCCUGGGCCUGGAUCAGCAGAAGCUGGCGGACAUCCUGAACACCAGCUCCGGGAGGUGCUGGAGUAGCGACACCUACAACCCUUGCCCUGGCGUCAUGGAGAACGUACCGGCAGCACGGGGCUACACCGGGGGCUUUGCCUGUGACCUCAUGCUGAAGGACCUGGGGCUGGCGACCAGCGCCGCCUUCACCUCGAGCCCCAAGUUGGGCCUUCCCAUGGGAGGCUUGGCGCUCCAACUGUACUCCCAGAUGAGCGCUCGAGGAGAUGGAGCCAAGGACUUUUCAGGGCUCUACCCCCAUGUCUCCGCCGGGGAGACCAAAAAGAGCUGAGAGGAUGCUCGCAGCUGCACGGCGCAUGGUUGUACAUACCUGCUGCGUUUGGCAGGGCUUUCUUUUGCCGUGUACAGGGCCAAGCAUAAUUGCAGCAUGGUGCGAUUGGGAUCGAAGGAUUCCGGGCCUUACUCCCAAGAGCCGCGAGUCGAUUGGACUUGUAUUGGCAUUUGGGAUCUGUUUCAACAUACGAGAUUUGACCUAAACCUCGCUGCAAACAAAACAGCGUUGAUAUGAAUGAGUCGUACAUAUGUCCACCCGCAUGUUACCUUGGCUUUUUGCGGCCUUUAGGUCACAUCUCACCCGCGUCUGUUUAAGGGCGCUGCGUUAAGUUGCACCUCGCACCGCAUUCGUUGCGCUUUCCCG